AUGGUGGAUACGGGUUUGCGUGACGACGGGCGUGGUGAGAAUUAUCGCGAGAGUUUAUUGUUAGGAAGUCGCAUCAAAGCGGAGGUGAACAGACAGUAUAAACAUCUUGAAUUAGAUCUAGAAGCAGUGUUUAGGCGUUUGCUGCUGCUGCGCAAAAAAAAAUAUGCGUGCUGUAUUAUUCAAGACUAUCAUAAAAAAGAAUAUCUGCUGCAGCAAAAGGGUUUAGAUUUUGUUAGAAGAGACUGGGCGCUGCUAACCAAACAAGCAGGUGAGCAGCUGCUUAAAAUUAUCUUCGGAGUUAAUAUGCAGCAGCAACAGCAGCAGCAGCAGCAGCAGCAGCAGCAAGGGACGGGGGCUGGGGAUACAGCAGCAGCAGCAGCAGGAGCAGCAGCAGCAGAAGAAGAAGAUGCAGUAGAUAAAGUUGUGUCUCUUAUUCACGAAAGAUUGCAAGCAAUGAGAGCUGCCUUAGAAGAAGGCCGAGUGCCUCUAGAUCUAUUUGUUAUUACAAAGGCGUUGACGAAGCCUCCUCAGCUGUAUGCACGUAGUGCUGCUACUCCUGCUGCUGCUGCUGCUGCAUGCAUGCAGCCGCAUGUUCUUGUUGCGCUGCGCCUUCUUGCUGCUGGAAGGGCGGUGCAGGCAGGCAACGAGAUAUCAUAUAUUAUCUGUGAUGAAGAAAGCAUUCAAAAAGCAGAAGCAAAACAGCAGCAACAGCAGCAGCAACAGCAGCAGCAGCAGCAACAGCAGCAGCAGCAGCAGCGGGUGCGGAGUGCAGCAGAAAGAGCAUAUCACCCUAGUGAAGUUAAAGCUUUAAAUCUUAAACCUGAUAUAAAAUAUUAUCUGCAGCAGCAGCUGUUCCCGCCUAUUCAGAGGCUUUGCUGUUUUAUUCAGGGUGUUUCUGCUGCUCGAUUAGCUGACUGUUUGGGGCUGCAGCAGCAGCAAAUUAAUCUCUUAAAAGAUAUGCAUGCAAAUGCAGACGAUGAAGACGGAGACACCCUUACUACCUCAACUCAAGGAGAAGACAAAAUACUCGCACUCAUACACAAAAAAGCAGAUGCAUUUAAAAGCUGCAACAUCCCGGCUCAAGUUCCCUGUGGCUUGUGCGGCGCUUGGACGCCUGCAGCAGAGGGCCUCAUGACGUCCAAGUGCAGCGGCUGCAGCAGCUGGCUGUCUCCAUCUGCAUUGCGGGGAGUGCUGCGCCUUUAUUUGUCUUUUCUUUUAAACACAUUUCAUAUACACACAUUCCGCUGCAGCGAGUGCAGCAGCCGCUAUGAAUUUUUACCUCCAGGACCUUUAUCUUCAGGGGCUUCUUUAAGAUGCCCUUUAUGCGAGAGAGGAAAAGUUGUAGACUGUCUACCUCCUCAGCUUCUUUACUUUCAGCUGCAGCACCUCCGCUUCCUUCUCGCUAACA